AUGAGGAAGCUUGCAGGCGGGUUGGGAUCGACGACAGCUUUUCGUCUUUGGGAACUAGGAGCCACCGUCGCACUGUUGUAUGCACCAUUUGAAGCCUCGAGGGUCAAGGAGACGGUCAAACGAGUAUUCGGCACGGACGACCCAGACAAGGUGCACACGUUCGAGGCCGACAUCACUUCGGAAGCAUCCAUCAAGGACGUCUUUGACGGGCGGAUAUCUCACCUGGACGGAUUUCCAUCCAUCUUGAUCAACGCUGCCGGAUAUGUGUCUGUGCAGCCCCUCGAGCAGACCUCGGCCGAGGAGGCCAUGAAGAACUUCCUGCCCAACCUGCUCGGUCCGUUCAUCACCAGCAACGCAUUCUUCAACCUCUACCAGGCCAGAGUGGCCGCCGGGAUGGAGAAAGGGACACCGUCGCCGCCAGGGAGGAUAGUCAGCAUCGCCUCACAGGCUGCGCACGUGGCUUUGGACGGCCACGGCGCCUACUGCGCUUCCAAGGCCGGUCUGCUGGGACACACUCGGUGCAUGGCGAGCGAGUGGGGGCCCAGGGGCAUAACGGCGAACACCGUGAGUCCGACCGUGACGUGGACUCCUUUGGCCGCAAAGGCGUGGGCCGAUGAGGCGAAGAAGGAGAAACACCUUGCCCAGAUACCGACGGGGAGGUUCAGUGAGCCCUCGGAGAUUGCCCAUGCCAUCGAGUUUCUCUGUCGGGAUGAGAGUGCUAUGAUAAACGGUGCCGAUGUGAGGAUCGAUGGGGGUUUUACUAUUUCCAGAUAA